AUGAAUCAAACAGACUCCUUAAUGAUGCCGCUUUUCAGAAGAAAAGAUCUUAUCAAAAUAAGCAGAAUUAAUCAUCAUUCAAUAUUAACUACAAAACUUCACAGAAACAGUCAAGUUAUAACAGAAAGUAUAAGAACAAUAAUAAUUCCUAAAGAGGAAAAUCACAGAAGUUGGAAAACUUCAAUCAAGGUGGACAGUCACUCCGCCAGAGUUAAAUCAUAUCACUUUCCCUACAAAGAUUGCUGGAAGACUGACACAAUUCAGACAUUAAUAGGAACUAGACUUUGGAUUAUCCUGAAAGACAAGCUUGGUAUCACAAGGAUACUUUCCAGAAUGGCUACAUCCACUGCCAUUAGAUAUUGUUCCGUUAUCCUACAAAGAUCACAACAAUUUGAAUCUAACAGAAUUUUCUCAAGAAAUACAGAAACUUCUAGAUUCAGGUGCGAUCUGAGAACUAGACCCACAGACACCUUGUUUUAUUUCAAAUAUUUUUAUAGUUUCGAAAAAAAUGGGAAAGCUCAGACCUGUUAUCGAUCUUCACAAUCUCAACCAAUAUGUUACCUAUCAACACUUCAAAAUGAAGAAUUUAGAUUUAAUCAAGUUAUUAAAACAAUACUAUUUUACAUGUCUACCUUUUGGCUUAAUGACAAGUUCUCGAAUCUUUACGAAGAUUCUGAAACCGAUUAUAAAGAUGGCGAGAGCAAGAGGGAUACAGAAAUCUUGGCUCACACCUUGUCAAAGGAUAGACUUUCUAGGCUUCCAGAUAAAUUCAAAAUCAAUGAGCCUGAAACUUUCAAGACAAAUGUAUUAUUAUCAGGUAAAAAGCAAAGAUCAUUCAAGACUACUGGGGUCACUAAAAAAAUUUCUAAUCAAGCAACCAAUUCUGACAAUUCUGAAAAUAUGGAUGACUCAGAACUUUCUAGCAGACAAAUCCAACACCUUAUAUGUGAGAAAUGCUUUGAAGAGAUUUCUAUAAAAUUUACGAAAAAUAUGUCUUUUUGUCAUGUAAACAUGCUAUGCACUAUAACUGCCCUAUAA